AUGGUGCGGCGCGUGGCUGUUAUCGGGGCUGGGGUCGGCGGGUUGGCCUCCAUCAAGUGCUGCCUGGAUGAGGGGCUGGAGCCCACCUGCUUUGAGAGGAGCGAGGACAUCGGGGGGGUCUGGCGCUACACGGAUUCCACGGACAGUGGAAGGGUCAGCGUGUACCGCUCAGUCAUCACCAACACCUCCAAGGAGAUGUCCUGUUUCAGUGACUUUCCCUGCCCAGAGGAUUUUCCCAGUUACCUACCCCACAGCCUCCUCCUGGAGUACUUUCGGAUGUACGCCCGGCACUUCGACCUCCUGCAGCACAUACGCUUCAAGACAACAGCUCUCAGCGUGAAGAAGCGCCCAGAUUUCUCCACCUCGGGCCAGUGGGAGGUGGUCACUGACAGCAGCGGUGUACAGGAGUCGCAUGUCUUUGAUGCUGUCAUGGUUUGCACUGGCCACUACCAGGAGCCCUACUUGCCAUUGGCUUCUUUCCCAGGUAUCAACACUCGCUUCAAAGGCCAGUACCUCCACAGCCAGGAAUAUAAAGAUGUGGAGGCUUUCCGGGGAAAGCGGGUCCUUGUAGUUGGCAUUGGCAACACUGGCGGCGACCUCUCCGUGGAGCUGAGCCGUGUGGCUGCGAAGGUGUUCCUCAGUGCCAGGAGUAGCACAUGGGUGUUAAGCCGGGUUUCAAACCAUGGCUUCCCCUUCGACAUGGUCAACACCACCCGCUUCAAACACUUUCUUGACUGGCUUCUCCCAUCAGCCCUCAUGAAGAGGAUCAAGUUUUGGAAGUUCAAUUCAUGGUUCAAUCAUGCAAACUAUGGCUUGGCUUCCACCAAAAGCUCCAACUUCAAGAUAAUUGUCAACGAAGAGCUGCCGUUUUGCCUCCUCUCUGGGACCGUUGUGUUAAAGCCAAAAGUGAAGGAGUUCACUGAAAGCUCUGCUGUUUUUGAAGAUGGAACAACUGAAGAAAACAUUGAUGUGGUGCUCUUUGCCACAGGCUAUUCUUUCUCGUUUCCCUUCCUUGAAGAGUCAGUUCGCAGCCUCUUUGAUGAUAACCGUUCCCUCUAUAAGCGCAUCUUCCCUCCCCAGCUGGAGAAGCCAACGUUGGCCAUCAUUGGCUUAGUCCAGUUGACUGGUUCUGUGAUGGUGGGAGCAGAAAUGCAAGCUCGCUGGGUGGCAGGGAUCUUUGCAGGCUGGAAUAAGCUCCCUCCCACCAGCAGGAUGAUGGCUGAUGUUUUAAAGAAGAAGCCACCAGUCAAAAGGACCCCAGAUGAGAGGGAGAACCUGAAGAUAAGUUUUAUCAGCUACACCGAUGAAAUCGCUUCGUGUGCUGGUAUAAAGCCCAGCAUACCAAGGCUGCUCCUGACAGACCCCCGGCUGGCCUUGGCCAUCUUCUUUGGCCCCUGCACGCCUUACCAGUACCGACUGGUGGGACGGGGCAAGUGGAGUGGGGCCAGAAACGCCAUCCUGACUCAGUGGCAGCGGACACUAAAGCCCUUGAGAACGCGGGUGGUGGAGGACUCCCCCGGUGGCUCUAACGGCUGGCACUGGAUGUGCCUCCUGGCCCUGCCAGCAGCUCUCACAGCAAGUUUUCUCCUUUCUAAAUACCACUGGCUGGGCUGGAACCCCCAGGAAGGUCUCCAGCUGUAG